AUGACGACUUUCUACUCGACAGUUCCACAUAUGGGAAGCGUGCCUACGGGCAAAUUUUGGGGACAGCUUGUUAUGGAAAACAUUGGUGGCGUCGCCGAUGACAAAGUUGUCUUAGUCGAGGCCUCUGAUGGUACCGCAACUACCUUCAAAGAGCUGCGCGAGCAAGCUCAUCGGCUGGCCCUGUUUUUGAAGGAGUACUUCAGCCUUGAGCAAGACGAUGUCGUAGCUCUCAUUUGCGUCAACAGUGCACGCUACGCCGUCCUUGUACUCGCGCUAGAGCUCACUGGUGCAGUUCCAACCUGUCUGAAUCCCCAUCUGACGGCCAGCGAGCUGGAACACUGCCUAGCGCUGCCUGGUGACAAACUCAAAGGCGUCAUUUGCUCUCCUGGUAGUACGGUUUCAAGUAGCCACACUGCCUUGGAGGCCCUACAUCUAGCUGGAGGGGUCCUGAUGUGGGAGAUCACGAACGAGGCUUGGGCGGCAGCGACUACCAGCAAGGCGAACGCGGAGCUCGGUCCUUUGCCCGAGCUUCGCGGUGAUCCAAAAGAGAAGUGCGCCAUCAUCUUUUCAUCCAGUGGGACUACAGGCAAACCCAAGGGCGAGUCCAGGAAACGAGCCUACCAAUUUCAAGCUGGAUGGCCGGAAUUUUUCAACAGCUCCUGCACCAACACCAACGUUCUGCCCCUUUUCCACGCUUAUGGCUCCAUGUGUUGCAUCCUAGGCGGACUGCUCUUUGGCGCCAAAUUUGUGCAUUUCGAACGCUUCAGAAUCGACACGUUCACCAAGGCGAUCCGAGAGCAUCAGGCUACGCAUCUGACAAUCGUACCGCCCAUCGCUGUCGCAUUGGUCGACCAGCACAAGCAAAGCGCCUCAACUCUUGCAAGUAUCCAAGGCUGCAUGGUGGGCUCGGCACCGCUCAAACGAGAGCUUGCUCUAGAAUUGCUCGAAGCGAUGCCGAACGCUUCGAUCAUACAAAGUUACGGCAUGACCGAGAUGGCGCCCGCGACGCACAUGCUUCCGCAAAAAGACUCUACUCGCGAAUGCCUUCUCUCCGGCACCGCCGGCCGCCUACUACCUGGAAUGGAAGCUCGACUCGCGUUGGAUGAUGGCACGCCUGUCUCUGAUGGCACAGUUCCUGGCGAGCUCUUUCUACGUGGACCGAAUCGUAUGCUUGGCUAUCUUGGCAAUGCGAAAGCUACUCAGGAAGCGAUCGACAAAGACGGAUGGCUUAGAACAGGCGAUAUCUUUACUGUUGAUCAAGAUGGGUGCUGGUGGUACGUCGGUCGCAGCAAGGAAAUCAUUCGUGUGAAUUGCUUUCAGGUGUCGCCAGUGGAGCUCGAGGAAUGCUUGCUCGAAUCGGAUGAGGUACUUGACUGCGCGGUAGUCGCACAAGCCGAUCCACGCAAAGAGACCGAAGUGCCGAUUGGAUUUGUGGUGCUCCGUGACGCGCAUAAGCAGCCAGAGAGCAUCCUUGAUGAUUUGCUCCAAUCCGCCAACAGUCGACUAGUUCGCUACAAGCGCAUGGCUCGCCUGAUUGCUAUUGACGCAAUCCCCCGAAGCGCCGCUGGAAAGGUUCUGCGUACACGACUCGCCGCGUCUCAAGACGUCAGACUACCUUCAAUGGCAGCACCGGCUCCCGCAGCUCACUCAGCUACUAUCGCUGCUGCCUGA